AUGGAAGAGAACAAAUCUCCUGGAAAGAAACACCCCGACAGCACAACUACCUCAGACAACCAUGAUGGCUGCUCCGUCGUCGCAGAGCAUACGCAGGAGGUACCAGUGAGCUUCGGACUGCUCUCUCUCACAGGUCUAGGCAUCAUCAUUGGAGUUGUCUGGCCAGCCUCUGGCGGUUCAAUCCAAGUUGCUAUCUUCAAUGGCGGAUCUCCAGGUGUUCUUUACGAGUUCAUCGUUGUAUCCUUCUUCUACUUCUUCGUCGCCGCAUCCCUCGCCGAGCUCGCUAGUGCUAUGCCCUCCAGCGCAGGCGUAUACUACUGGGCUUCUAUCACACCAGGCAAACGAUAUGGCCGAGUUGUCGGCUUUUUCGCCGGCUGGUGGAAUUAUCUUGCCUGGAUCUGCGGAGCUGCAAGUAUGGCUGCGAUAUGGAGCAACAGCAUCAUCCAGAUCUAUGUCCUGAAGCAUCCCGACUACAUCGUCAAAGAAGUUCAUGUUUUUGUUGUAUUUGUUAUCUCCACCUGGCUCGCCUGCUUCUCGGUCUGCUACGCGGGCCGAGCAAUGCCUCUUCUCAACCAAUUCGGCAUCUACUGGCUCCUGAUAGGCCUACUCAUCACAAUUGUGGUUCUUGUAGCUGUACCUCUUCGAAGCGGUGGAAGUGGUCAUGCAACCUCGUCCUUUGUGUGGUUGGAGUGGCAAGCUGACCUCGGAUACCCCAACAUUAUAGUAUUCCUUGGUGGUAUGCUAAACGGCGCUUAUAGUGUUGGAUGUCCUGCAGCUGUAAGCCACCUGGCUGAGGAAAUAUCACGUCCGCAGAGAAACGUGCCUGUUGCGAUGGGUCUUCAGGUUAUCACAGGCUUUGUCACCGGCUUCUCGUAUCUGAUUGCUCUCAUGUAUUCCAUCCACAGCUACGACAGGAUCUUCGCGAGCCAGUUCCCGCUUGCUGAGAUUUAUCUUCAAGCCACUGGCUCAGCUAACGGGACGAUCUGCCUCCUCAUUCUUAUGCAGAUAUGCAUCGGAUUGACCAUCGUUGGUCUUUACAUCACCUGUGGACGAACAUUGUGGGCAUUGAGCCGCGAUGGAGCAACACCGUGGCCAUCGGUCUUUUCCAACUUCAACUUGAGGUUCGACGCACCUAUCAAUGCAACCAUGGCCUCGGCUGUGCUCGUCACCUUGAUGGGAUGCAUUUACGUGGCAAGCAAGACGGCCUUUAACGCUAUUAUUGGCUCAUACGUACUCAUGUCUUCAUCGGCCUAUACCGCGGCGAUCCUGCCUCACCUUCUUACAGGAAGAAGAAACGUUGUAUAUGGGCCGAUACGAAUGGGCAGAAAGCUGGGGUUAGUGGUCAACGCUAUUGCGAGCGCGUAUAUGGUGAUUGCCUUUGUUAUUUACUGCUUGCCAUUCUCCUUGCCUGUUACUGCUAAUAAUAUGAACUAUGCCUGUCUAGUUUGGGGUGGCUCGACCUUGCUACUAGGUAUCUACUGGCUGUGGAAGGGGAGGCAUGGGUAUACAGGACCUAUCAGGGAGACCAAUAACUAA